AUUAGCUGAGUGAUGUGGACACCUGUGACCACCUAACAUUGAACUGAGAACAAAGUAUUAAUGUGCUUGACCACUAUGUUUGCUAAAGCCUAAAUAAUCACUUGUUAUCUAUCUUACUUAUACAGAAUUUGUAUAUAAUUAAUUUAAAAACAGGUCUUUGGCCUAACUGAGUUUUUGACGUAAAUUCUAAUACUGGACUUAGAGAGUGUGCACAGAUAGCAGAUAGCACAGUGCACCACCAGGCCGCGCCACUGGGAGUAUGGAUGCUCUUCUUCCCCGCUGUUCUGACGUCAGUACCCUGCAAUUGCAAUUGAACUACUGACAAACGACCGAGCCUCUACCGGAGCUACGGGGAGGCAGUAGCGUUACACAGCGAGUCCCCGCCGCCCGCCCGGAGGAGCCGAACGGAGGAAAGUCCACCGUGAGCCGUCGUGAGAACGCCGUGCUGGAACCAAACGAUGCGAGCGCUGCUCCCCGCCGUCCAGUAACACGCACUACCGACGAUCGGAGAAGAAGAGAACCGAUACCGUGAUUUAGCCUACCGACAGAAAACCUGAGAAGCGACGGACGAACGGACGGAUAUUGCACCACCGAGACCCCACUUUAGAAGCAAACACCACCGGAGGCUGCAUUGUGUUGUUUCGGCUUCGUGGAUCAGACACAGUGCAUCCCUGAUUUAAAUGCUUUAACGGUACCGCAUCUCCGGGAGAGAGGGAGCUGCCGAGAGAGCCACAGAAAGACACAGAGGGAUCGAAGGCGAGCGCAGAAAAGGAGGAAAUAAACCAAGGCAUAAAAAAAAGGAUUUCCAACCAGCUUUGUUUCAUCUUAAAAGUUUCAUUAAAUCCACCUUUUUAUUGUUUUUCUCUUCCGUGGAUCCCGACACCGGUAAAGCCUAUCAAGCUGUGUUCUCUAACCAUGGGAUGUACUCUGAGCGCAGAGGAGAGGGCGGCUCUGGACCGGAGCAAAGCCAUCGAGAAAAACCUCAAGGAGGACGGUCUCACCGCGGCCAAAGAUGUUAAACUGCUGCUGCUCGGGGCUGGAGAGUCAGGGAAAAGCACCAUCGUCAAACAGAUGAAGAUCAUCCAUGAGGAUGGUUUCUCUGGUGAUGACGUAAAGCAGUACAAGCCUGUUGUUUACAGCAACACCAUCCAAUCUCUGGCUGCCAUAGUCCGUGCCAUGGAUACACUUGGACUGGAGUACGGAGACAAAGAACGAAAGGCGGAUGCUAAGAUGGUGUGCGAUGUGGUCAGUCGUAUGGAGGACACAGAGCCUUACUCCGCUGAGCUGCUCUCUGCCAUGAUGCGUCUGUGGUCUGACUCGGGCAUCCAGGAGUGCUUCAGCCGUGCCCGAGAGUAUCAACUCAACGAUUCAGCGCAGUACUACCUAGACAGCCUAGAUCGGAUUGGUGCGCCAGACUACCAGCCGACAGAGCAGGACAUCCUGAGGACCCGAGUGAAGACCACGGGCAUCGUUGAGACACACUUUACCUUCAAAAAUCUCCACUUCAGGCUGUUUGAUGUGGGAGGUCAGAGGUCGGAGAGAAAGAAGUGGAUUCACUGUUUUGAGGAUGUGACAGCCAUCAUCUUCUGUGUGGCACUCAGUGGCUAUGACCAGGUGCUGCAUGAGGACGAGACCACGAACCGCAUGCAUGAGUCUCUGAAGCUCUUUGAUUCCAUCUGUAACAACAACUGGUUCAAGGACACCUCUAUCAUUCUGUUCCUGAACAAGGAGGACCUCUUUGAAAUCAAGAUCAGCAAGUCACCACUGUCCAUCUGCUUCCCUGAAUACACUGGUCCAGACACUUACUUGGAGGGAAUAGCCUACAUUAAGUCACAGUACGAGAGCAAGAACAAGUCACCCAACAAGGAGGUCUACUCCCACGUGACCUGCGCCACAGACACGAACAACAUCCAGUUUGUCUUUGAUGCUGUCACUGAUGUAAUCAUAGCCAAUAACCUGCGGGGUUGUGGUCUGUACUGAUGAUGCUGUUAGUGUUAGCCAGCAGAUGAAAGGUGUUUGACUUGUAUUUACCUUUGUGGUAUUUAUUUGUGUUUGUACUGCUGAGCUUGUGAUCAUGUGAUAGCCGGUCGAAUAUGGCAUGUGGCUGUGUCCACUGUCAUCAUACUGCUUUGUUGGCUGGUCACUGGUCCAAGUUGACUCUUGGCUUCUUUGAUUGAUUGAGUGGUUUGUUGAAAUAGUCUUGACUCUGUCUUUUUAGCUUCCUCAUGUCAGUUACUAAAGAAGAAUGAGCUACACCUUCCAGUCAUGCUCUAUGUUGUGUCCUUGAACUUUGGUCUACUGCAUAAAUCAGGGACACUAUCUACAGUUUUGCCAUUUUCACCUGAGAGCUCUUCAUAGUUAGUGUUCUUAACUCUUACAUGCAGCACUUACAAUGAAUUAAGUGCAGCCUUGUUAGGGGUCCAGCGGCACUGACCAAAGCUGAUAUACAGUGGGAAUCACUCUUCUUGCCCUGAAGCAUUCCUAAUUAUUUUAAUUUAAAUUUGAGUUGUUUUUGGUUUAAUGCAUUAGUUAAGGGAAGGGUCAGUAUGAAACUGCAUGAAACAGAGUCCUUCAGUUAACAUUUGAGGAGGGUUCUGUUUAGAUUUUUCUCAGUUUAGGUCAGACUGUAGAUGAUCUUCAGAUUUUAUCUUACGCAUGAGACUUUAAACUGUUGACAAUACUUUGUAUAGUCAAGACUGGUUUCAAAGAAAAUGCUACAUCAUCAGCAAACAGACACAUUUCAUUCAUUCAUCUUCUAUACUGCUCAGUCCCAAACGGGGUUGCGGGGGGGCUGGAGCCAAUCCCAGCCAGCAAUCGGGCGAAGGCCAGACACAUUUCUAUUUACAAAAAUAUGCAUCACUGGCAUCCCCUUAGUGAAACAUGUAGAAUCAAAACAUCAACUUUCAUACAGCAAAGCCUCACUUGUUCAGUACCCAUGGACAAGUAGACUGUUCAGAAUACUAAACAUACUGAAGCCAGAGGUAAUCCCAGUUAUGAGACAUGAGGACACGUUUGUCUUUAUUACUGCAGUUUGAAUUGAUGCCACUUUGGUAGAAGGAUGUUGAAUUUAAUAUAGCAACCUCACCUACAGUAUGUGUAGGAUUUCUGACUUUGGCAACUCCUUGCGCUAGCAUGAAGACACUGUGGUGACAGCCAUGACGAAUUAAUGCAUCAGUUUUGACUAGGUUUUUCUCAUUUUUCUAAUCAGAAAUACAGUGAGGAACAGAAG